AUGGCCAUGCCGAUGCACGCCGACGACUCAGGCGACGAUUCAUGCGAGGAACCGUCUGUGAUCCCCCAAUACGAUGCCACUCCGACCUGCAAUCACGCAUGGUGCCACGAGCUUGCCUGUCAAACUACACACUGUGGAGUUGACGCGGCCCACCUUCACAGGCAUUGCCGUGUGACAUCACCUUUUCAGGUGAUACGCAUUUCCGUGUGGACUCCCUUCUUUGGCCCGCACACAUUCGACUUCCCCACCGGGCACUCCCUGGCUGAGUUUAAUUUCCUGUUGCAUGAAGCAGGCUACCAUGCGAAUCAAUGCACACUGCAUGUAGCCUUCGACACUCUGCCGACCUGCCUGGACUUAGUAGCAGUCCCUCGGGGGCCACAGCGGUGGUGGAUAGUGCGUGAUGGCUUAGCUCGUGAGCUGUUGCGACCUGUGUCGCCAUGGGUAGAGUCCGACGGGCGACGUAUUCUUACAGUCAACUCCCAUGGACAGGCCCAAGGUCUAUCGCAUUCUGAAGAGGCCGGCCGACUUCACCUGCUCCCAAAUGGUGUGCGCGCCACCAUUACUGUCCCAUUUUCUCGGAUCACUGGUAGCCUGGUCUCUGGAAGUCUUGCUCUGGUUGAGCACGCAGUCGGGGCCACUGUUAUGGCGUCAAUGGCUCCGACCAUGACCAAGGGCCUUUUUUUCGUGGUCGUUCACUUUUCCCUUCAGGGAGUGGCUGCUAUGCAAAACAACCUUGCGCUUAGGGCAGCUCAGGAACAAAACACAUCCGGCUGGCAACACCCUGCUCCGACGGUUGUUCCCUCUAUCACUCGCAUCUGGACUUCUACGCUAGCGGCACCUACGGUGAUUGCGUAUAAUGCCUGUCCGGACCCGGUGGCCAUGGCACGAAGUGUAGCCAAUACCGCUAGGGGCCUGGCACCUGAGGGUGACUUUGUCUGGACCACACCCAGAACUGUUCAGGGAGUUGCACACCUUUUGCAUGUCCCCUCGGGCUCUGCGCCACCUAUGGUUUACUGGCUCCUGCACUAUCGUGGGCGUGCAACGGUUCUGGGUUCUCCCAGGGCCGUCUUUGACUGGCAGAGUGUGGGUCAGUUCGCUGCCGAAGAAUUUGGCCAUGCCUUCUUUGCACAAGGGUUGUUCGCUGCUUGGCACAAUGGGCGAUCCAUCGCAUUCGGGUCGCAGGUUCCAGCCCCUGCCCACGGGACCAUAGUGACCUUGGUCAGGACUGCACCCACCUCGACUGCGGGUCUCACUGCCUGGGAUACCCCCGCUGAGUUUCCGGCGGCUUUUCACUUCGAAUAUGAUAUUUGUAGGGGACCGGGCGGUGAGAGCCCGCUCGCCGGUAAUGUUUGUUUGCAUGUCGGACCCAGCGGACCCAUUGACUCUCCUGCCGGGGAGGCACGUUCGAUACAUGCACAGGGCCCAGGCCGCCCUGCGAGGCCAUCCGCUUCUCCCGCUCCUGCCUUGGUGCGCCAGGUGAACGAGGUAAGCCACCAGCUCAAUGUCCUGAUGGCACGUUUAGAGUCCGCGGGUGUCUUACCUUCGACAGACACUGAAGUUGCACCGGAGGGACCAGUCUUCCAAGGUGCUAACCCUAGACCCCCUAAUGCCACAAGUGUGGACAGCGCUAGUCCUCGCAGUAGCCUCACUUGGACAUGUGUUGGCGCUAUUGUGCUCGCCCAUCGGUGGCCAACCUUCUUCGGGGUCGGCCUCCUGCUUUUUGCAGGGAGUGGCAAAGCCUGGGCGACGGAUAGCUCGGAAGAAGCGGAGCAUCCUCCAAGUUCACCUGAUCUUGCAGAUGUGGCACCGCCCACUCCUGAGGGAGAUCUGAUCGGACCGGAUAAUAAUGCAGGGGCACUGCUCCGUCCAAGUGAUGACCCUGGUGCGAGUACAGCGGCUCCUGGUGACGGCGUCCUUACCGAGGUAUCUGGCUUUGAUAGCCGCCUGAUACCCUGUCUCCAGCAAAGGACCAUUGCGUUUCUUCAUGGUGUGGGGGAGGAUCAUCAUGGCCCUCGGCCCUUUCUCCCUGAGGGAUGCCCGCUUGUAAUACAUAACCCAUUUACGUGUAGUGCGCAAUGCCCGGUGUUAUCACCUCUCAUCGGCACAGGGUUUGCGUUCCGUCUCUUUCUUCAGGACUAUGCAGGGAGGCGAGGAUGGCAGCCUAUCGUCCCGGUCCUGCCGCAGCCUAAUGACCAGGCUGUACAUCUCAUCCCGGCUGCUGCAGAUCCUGCGCUGGUGUCAGUGGUACUUAGGACCCCCAGUGUCCUCCACCCAACAUGCUUGCAGCGGGCCCUACCAGUUGGACCCAGCCGCUCAAUCACUCUUGCAGGACGCUUUGGCCGUUUGCGUGAACCAUAUCCACUACAACGGCCCCGCGAGAGGCCUGUCUACCUCCGCGAUGGGGACUGUUUACAGCUUGAUCAGGGGCCAUUUGGACCACCACCCCCAACCCCUGUUCGUUCCUGCAGUUCUCGUCUGCAUUUCGGUUUUGGGCUUAUGGUUCUCGCCCGAGCUCCCCUGCGGGCUCUCGCGUUGAUCGCCUUAGUGAGCACCGCUGGCAGUAUGCAGGUUGUGCCUAGCCGCCAAGGUUUAUCUUCCCGGGAGGGUCUCCCGGUUCGUCGCUAUCCUUGGCGCUAUAUUGCCAGCGAUAGACAGCUCUCUGAUGUGAAUGUCAACGGACGAGUUCGCUGCACUCUCCUUUGCCCCAUGACAGGCCCGCAAGGGGUACAUGAGGUCCCGGCGGCUGCUUCGAUCGCAUCUGUUCUGCAACAUUAUCAACAAACCAAAGGCUUCUGGAUUCGUGAUCUGAUUCCCGUCUGGCCGAGUCCUCGGUGGGAUCAACUUGUCCUUGUACCCGAUGUCGACCCUUUUCGACGUUGUGUCUGCAUCGUGCUCUGUGAAGGUGGACAGUGCAGAACAUUGCUGCUCCCGGAAAGGUGUGAACACCGGGUUUUGUUUAACAUGUUGAACUACCUAGCACAUCGAGAGUUCCGGGCAUUUGGCCUACCACCAGCGCUCAGGGCCGCCGUUACUAGAUCGCCUCGUCGAGAGAUUGUACUGCGCCCGGCCGAUGUGUUUACAGCACGAGGUGUUCGCCAGCCUGUGACGUCCGAAGACCCAGUGGUCUCGCUUCUGCAAUGGGAUCACCUGCAAUGGGCAUCCCCUUUCGUCCUCGAGACAGGUUGUCACGCGGCCUUCUGGCAUCCAGCCAUCAAUCGACCGGUGAUCCAUUGGGUUACAGCCGGUGCCAGGUGGAACCCAGACAUGUUAACCUUUGAGGGCGAGUUUGCUGACACGUGCCUCGGAUCUUGGGUACCUGUCAUGUGGCAGCCGGCCACACAUCCGCACUUCAUCCAAGCAUCCACAAGACCAGGCCGGGUGCACAUCCUCCACGAAAGCCGGGACGGUCUUUUCCCGCUCUUCUUCUCCAGCCGUACUUCGCGGGCUGAGGUUGCUGAAGAACUCCACACUCUCCCGGAAUACAUAGAGGUCCCAGCUGCGACCAUUGACGACUACCAUGGGCCCUUGACCCUCCGCGACGGUGACGUUGUCCUGGACUUGUACAUGUAUGAUGAACCCCACUUUGCGACAUGGGACGUGCUCCACAGCUCUAGUUUUGGGGUUUCCAUUCGCUUUCUCAUGUGCGGGCUGAUGGGCCACGUGACGAGGAUUGCCGCUGGCAUGUGCUUCCUUCAGGCUGCUGGGGCCACUCGGGGGUCAACCAGUCGAUCCAGUCACUCCCGAUCGAGAUCGGUUUCGCCUGACCGCCUUAGCCCCCGCGCUGGGGCCUGGCGUCCUGAGCAUCCUCAGCCCAUGUCCGAGGUCCUCAACACAGGCACAGGCCACUGUAAUGUGGUUUCUCCGUUCCAUGGAGUGGGGCCCCCUUCCCACUUCUAUCGGGACACGCUUGGCAGUUCCCUAGAUCAGGCACUUAAGGACUUCUGUGGGCGUUGGUGCAGUUUUCACGUCCUUCAGGCACCUUUACUGGAAAGACGUCCUAUGAUGUUGCUACCCGGAGGUUUGCCAGACCUUGCAACCGUCCUUGUUCUAACGGCGGAUCAACUACAGGCAGUUUUGAUCCCCCGGCGAUUCUCUGCCAGGGAACUCACUUCCCAUUUACGAAGAGUUAUGCGGUCGGCAGGAACUACGUUGCGUCUGCCCCCUGCUCUUCGUCAUCAUGAGGCGCUGCCCAGCAUGUGCCUGCAUCUCCGUGAUGGUGACACAUGUAGCUGGACCCUGGACUUCGAUAAUCCACUCCACCGUGAGGCACCCAUGCCCCGCUUCCGUUAUCUUAGCUGGCUGCCACAUCACAAUGCAUGGCACUCAGGUUUUACGGUUCGCCACGGGGGCUGGGUUUGGGUCUGGAUGUCGGAGGUGCAUCCCGACCAUCAAUGCGAAAGGCACUGGGUCCCACCCGGUAGCCAAUGGUCGCCAGGCUCGCUGCAGUUCCUCCGGCCCAGAUGUGCCCCCUGUUCGGAACGGUGGAUUCCCACCACCUAUAAUGAGGAUGGGCAGUGCCACUUUGUACGUCAAUCGCUACCUGGAGAGGCUCGCGUUCUCUUGCAUCGGCCAUAUAGUGGGGAUCAUCCCGAUUGUGUCAGUGUAGGGCCGGAGCAAGGGUUGUGUUAUGCACCUGAAGGAUGGACACUCGCACCUUCUCUACGCCGCCGAGCCGGCAAUGCUGCCUUGCGCGACGGGGAUGUGCUCAUUCCGGUCACCUCUGCGGGUCAUAGGCCCAGCCUGGCCCUUGCUGCCGUUCCUCUCAUGUUAUUGCACGGGCCGCUUAGGUCUCUAGGGUUCCUAGCUUGGAUCGGUGGGCUUCCGGUCGCAGCUAUGUUGACUACUGAUGAGGGUCGGACUGGCUCCCCAACAUGUGUAGGUAAGUUCCCUUGGCGGGUUGCCUACGCAGAUCGGGCUUUGCAUGAAACGGUAAAUGAUCGACAUCGUUGCCGACUGUUGUCCCCGUUCGCUGUUCACAGCAAUCAGACCUUCGUUGCUGGACCUGACGACACAGUCGAGGAAGUUCGGCUAGCACUCACGGGAGCUGAACCUGCAUGGUCCUUCGAUAUCAUGCCAGUCUGGCCAGCGCCAUCACCCUCAGAGCUCACAUGGGUGCCGGUAGCUCCCUCUGCUGCGCUGGCAUGUGUACUUGUUGUCACUCCGGAUUGGCAUCUGCCUAUGUUGCUGCCACAGCGAGCAGAUCUCAACUGGGUCUUAGCGUAUCUGCGUAGCGUGUCGCCGGGACCGGUGCACUCGAUCCGGGCACCCAUCCCCGCACAACAUUAUGGCACUAGUCCCAACGAGGCUAUCCGGUGGCGGGACGGUGAUCUCAUCUUGGCUUUCCCGACUGAUUUCGAGUUCAGUGCGUUGGAUAUGCCUAGCUUCCGGACGGCUUUUACAGAGUCUACUGCUGCCUUUGUUCGUCACACUGCGCUCUGGGCGCUCGAUUUCUAUGUGGAUCAGCCUUUGAAUGUCGUCCUUUGGCGACCUGGGCGCCGCCCCGUUAGUACCAAAAUCCCUUCCCCAGUCUUGUGGUGUGCUUCAGAAAAGCAAUUUAGGGGUCAGUUUCCCCACCGGUACCCGGGGAGAUGGGUCCCACUUGCCUGGGCCUACUCUGAUAUCCCCCACCUCUGCCUGUGUCCGGAAGCGGAGGAGUUGCGCACCAUUAUCAUUGAAACCUUCCAGCAGGACCGCCUGGUGGGUCAGUGCCAUGUGGUCCAUGCGUGUGCUGAUGCGAAUACGUGCCGCAUCCUGGUCGACCAGAUUGAUGCCCCAUGUAUGUUGCUCGGAGCCACUCGGGACAAGGAGUGGUCCGAGCUCCGUAAUGGGGAUAUUGCGAUAUGGGUGCCUGUCCGUCCAGCGCUCAAUGACCAGGAGACACAUGUCCUCCUGGCCCCAGCGUUGCAAGAUUUAGUGACAGUGUUCGUAGUUGGCGCACCUGCACCGCGUGCCCUCAUCCUUCCGCGGUCAUUAUCCUUGCCGACCCUUCUUGAAAUCCUGCAGCCCUCCUUCGGUUCGGAUGUUCAGGUUGCUGCUAACUCCGCCAGACUAACGCACAGGCAUCAGGAGGUCUGCUUUCGCGACGGUGACUGCCUGCGUGUCACAAGGCUGUUGUGGGCGCCGUCACUCGUGCCCACUUUGCGCACCUCUUUCACCCAUCCCCGCAAUGCGCUGCGGGAGGGCCUGUGGGGUAUGGCGCUCACUGUCCCGGGCCCUGGACGCUGCUUGCUUUGGCGUUGUCCUGGUGUUUUGCACCGAUCCAUCAAUUUUGCAGGCACUCAACACUGGGAUCCGUACCAAGGACGUCUUCUGCCUUGCAUGGGCGAUGAGGCUGAGAGCUGGUGGCCGAUUUUUGACCAUCGUCUCCCGGCACAUACCCUCGCCUUUCACCCUGUUGCACAAGCUCAACAGCAUGAGCGGCUGGCCCUCACUCUUGACGAGGAAUCAGUCACGCUACGGGAUGUCUCCUUCGCGCCAAGCUUCCACUCCUGGAGUAAGCGUACUGUUGGGAUGCUGUGCCUGCUCCUCUGUCACUCCCUCCAAGGGAUCCGGCCUCGUGACCCUUGGCCUCGCAGCAUUUUCUGGAGCUCGCUGUUGAUUGUACUUUGCUAUCUCGCAGCUUGGGGUGCACCAGCCUGGGAACGGGUUAACCCACAGGAAUGGGAUCUAGAUUUGACGGAUGUCUGUCAACUACAAGCCGAUCUGCAUCAAGGGUGGUGGCUGCAUGGGCUCGCUGAUGAAUUGCCCCGCUCUCUUCCUUUGUCAUACCACGCGGCUUGGGCCGCCGAUCUUCCUUUCGGGGUCGGCCCGCCUGACAGCCUCUUGAUUGCCACAGAUGGAAGUGGCGCCGGACAGGGGGCAUGGGCGUUUGUCGCAUGGGGGCACUGCCGUUAUGGUUGGCGGCGCUUGGGCUGGGCCGCAGCUUCCUUACCAGGCACCCCUUGGCUGCCCGACGGCUCGAGUCAUCCGUUCUUGGCUCAGCGGUCGUAUCUGGCUGAGCUUGCUGCCCUGCAGGCAGCCGGCCACUGGUGUGUGGCUAUGUGUGAUUUGUGGCGACUGCGCACCGGGCGGAUGCCCAAGUCGGUUACAGUCGCUGUUGACAACUCUGCUGCUCUGCAAGUCGUCUCAGGACAUGGCGCCGCCAUGGCGACCCCAGCUAGGUGGGCACGUGCGGUUUGGCAGCCCGUGCAGACCCGCCUCACCACGCAUUUUCGACACGUGCACAGUCACCAGGGCACGUAUGUUAACACUCUUGUCGAUGCUCUAGCCACUUGCGCAAGCGACGGUAGCCUCGAUGACUGGUUACGGCUACCGAGUUUUCAGCGUAGCAGUCACCUCACUACGACACUGCUGGAAUGGCUCUGGAUUAUCCCUAAUGCUGCUCUCAUCCACGGCCGGCCCAUUUUCCGGUUCCCGUUAGGGGAGGCACAAUGGGUCCCACCUGUGGCUCCUUCCGGUACCGACGGAGUGGAACCAGAUACGGAGGCGCACCCUGUGACAAGCAGUUUCCAGGUGAUCACAGCCAAUAUUCAGUCAAUUAAAGACGUCUGCCCCAACCCCUUCAACCCGUCCGGCCACGGUGCCCGAAGGCAGUACUUAUAUAAGCAGUUAGGGGAUAUAACAGCGGACGUCGUGUGCCUUCAAGAGACCAGGGCUCCUCCAGGACGUUGGGCUACUGGCGGUUGGUUAACUUGGCGCUCUGGCAGUUUAAAGGGUCAGUAUGGUUGUGAAAUCUGGUUGCGACCUUCCCAAGUACAGCCACCUCUCACACUUGACGCUUGUCGGAUUCUGGCAGCGUCGCCCAGGUACAUCGUAAUUACGUGUACCGAUCCAAGGUGUCCACUCACCAUUUGCUCCGCACAUGCACCGCAUGCGGACCGUCCGCACACCGAAGCACAGCAAUUCUGGGCGGAGCUACGAGGGGUUCUGCAACGGGUGCCGCCAUCAAGAGCUCUUGUUGUUGGCAUCGAUGCCAAUGCUGACUUCUGUGCUCAAGACCCCUCUGAAUGCCUUAUCGGGCCUCUGUUAGCACAACACGAGCCUACGUCCAAUGAUGAGUUCUUGUACGAGUUUGCCACCUCUCUUGCGCUUGAGGCGCCCGGCACUCAUCCCGACAUUCAAGUCGGGCCUGGUUGGUCUUGGAUGCACACUGGUGGCCGUCAGAAACGCCUAGACCACCUGCUGUUUAGUUCAGGAUCUUGGACACAUAAGCAAGCCUGUCAGGCAUGGGAUUUUGACAUUGUCAAUACCCAACGCGACCAUGUUGCCCUUCGGGUACAUACUGAGGUCUCCGUGCGCGCACAUCAGCCGCACCGCCCCCCCCAACGACGCUGUACCGGCAAGGAGCUUUUGGAUGGCGGUCAGCAGAUUUGGAGUUCCCUGCCGGACGACCUUACUUCUGGCCGUGCAUGCGGAACAAUCGUCCACUCACUGCAGCAGCAGUACCAGGGAUGGGUUGAUCUCCUUCCUCGCAAAAUGCCCGUACAGCCUAAGCAACCCUACAUUCAGGAGGCCACGCUUCAAUGGCUGACUCAACUACGCGACUGGCGCUGCCAACUGCGGCAUGCGCGCGAGUCCCUUAAAGCGGCAGCCAGAGCCCUCGUCCUUGCAAGGUGGCACCGACGUCUGCGCCCCUUGCGCGCGAGCCGUCGUGUCGCGCACCAUAAUCAGCGCAUGUUCGUAGCUGCAUUGACCGAGCAAGAGAGCCAACUCCAGCAGCAGGCGCACGCUUUUGCACGUCAUGACAAGCAGCAGCACUUCCUCAGCCUGACUGGCUCAGCCGCUGAGCACUGGCACCAGCACGGGCGCCCUAUGGAGGCCAUUGUGAAGCUUCGCUGGGCUUCUCGCAGAGCUGCGGAGCGGCGACAGGUCUAUGCGGCUGGAGGAUUUGCCAUUGAACUUGAAUUAGAGGAGCAGUUUAGGGCACAGGAGGCUGCCAUUCGCACACCUCGUGAACAGCUUCCAACGGUAGUGCAAACGUGGCUUGAGACGCCGGCCCCAGCCUGUGCAACUGCCCUACCAUCCCUUCUCGACAUGGAAGUCGCGUGCCGCCGACAAGCAAUUAACAAAGCACCGGGCCCAGAUGGGAUACGCAACGAGCUCUGGAAAGGUCACCCGGUCCAAGCAGGGCGAUGGCUCUGGGCCAUUACUUCUCGCAUUGCGCUAAGCGGCCGAGAGCCCUUCCAAUUCAAAGCUGCAGUCUACUGUGCGCUUUAUAAAAAGGGUCCUGCGGCGCUACCCCAGAACUACCGCGCCAUCGCACUGAUGAAUGGUGUGGCCAAGAUCUGGCAUGGGCACCUCCGACAGUCUAUCGGGCGCAGGGUUUUGCACGGAUACGAUAGGACCCAGCUUGGCGGGAAACCGGGUAUCCCAGUUAGCUUCGCAGUUGCUGCUUAUCGGUCGGCCAUCGACCUGUGUGUCCAAGCAAAUCACAGUACUGCCACAUUGUUCAUUGAUGUUCAAGCCGCUUACUAUGAAGUGAGCAGGCGGCUUAUCUUUGAAGGAGAUGAUCUCUCACAGGGCGAUGCUAUUGCACGCUCUGAUGCAUGGCAUCUUGCAGCACUUACAGAACAGCUCGCCAAUUCGGGGGCCCUCGAACUUCUUGGCGUGCCGCAGGAGGAACGGGCCCUGCUUCAAGAUUGCGUCGCGUGCUCCCAUUGGCAUUUGGCGGGUUCGGAUAGGGUGUUUGUUGCCUCCCGCGGGUCGCGGCCCGGGGAUGGCCUGGCAGAUAUUCUCUUCGGUGCUCUUUUUGCCAUCGCACUGCGCCAUAUCCGGAGAGCCUGUCAGGAAGCGGGGAUAGCACUGCAGGCGGCAGGUGACUUCAUCGGUCUUCAUGGCGAUGUACUCCCACUGGGCUGGGCGGAUGAUCUCGCUAUGCUUGCUGAUUUUCCUACACCCCAGGUGUUGUUGGAUCAACUGCCGACUUUUGCUGGCAUUGUCCUGUCUACCCUGGAACUGCUUCGCUUUCGUAUCAACCUCGGCCCCAGCAAAACUGAGCUCCUCCUCGAUAUUCGGGGUCCUGAUGCAAAGCGAGUCCGAGGAGAGCUCAUGGCCCCCCCAGCAAUCCUUUCUCUGGCCAGUGGACACUGCAUCCGGAUCUCUCCUGAGUAUAGAUACUUAGGGGUUAUCACGUCGCCCAGGGACACUGGCAGACGCGAUACUGAACUCAGUGCGCAAAGGGCUCAUGCAGCGCUAUCCCAUGCGAAGGGACUUAUGGUCUGCAGCACUCUUCCGUGGCGACUAAAGCAAGCGUGGGUCGCAGGGCGUGUGCUCCCGGCGGCAUACGCUACCCUUUGCACUUCUCUCGCCACAUCGGGCCGAGCGACAGCGCCACUGCAAGGCUUCUUUGAGCGUGUGUCACGCCAGAUGUCCGACUCCUGGCAGCACGGCCACAUACUGUCCCGUCCCGUGCUUGUCUUACUGCUCGGCCUUUCUACACCGGAAGAUGCGUGCUGCAUAGCGCGUGCACGGUUGGUGCUCCAGCUGCUAAAUCGCGAUGCCGGCCACGUCUUCGAGUUGGUCGAUGCGGCCUGGAACCGCGCCACUCCCUGGGCACAACUCCUCGUUGAGGCAUGUCAGGAAGUGAGUCGCGCCCUCCCGACUUCGUGUCCCCUCGCUGAGGUGACUUUACAAUUCCUACGCACUAGGAAUAGUCAGAUGUUGCGAGCCUGCCGACACCUCAGUCGCUUCGGCUCUGCUUACCGUGCUCUCACCGCCUUAUGGUCCGAGAUUGCGGAACCGAAGGUUAUUAAGGUUAUCGGGCCGCGAGAACCACACCGCUGUCAUCUCUGCGGCGCCUCUCUGCCCAGCAAGCAUGCUCUUGCCGCCCAUGUGCAUCGCAAGCACUCCGUUGUAAACUGGCUCACUCAGUUCACCCACGGGACUGUGUGUCUUUGGUGCAAUGUGCAACAGCAUUCGACGGAUCGCAUCAAAUACCACUUGGGGCGCUCCCCGAUGUGCAUGCACGGGUUACGCGUGGUUGUCGGACACGCCUAUGUGUAUGGCUCUGGCACCAAACGCAAGGGACAACGAGGUCAUCGUGGACUCCCACCCAUACGACUGCCUGGGCCGAUUAACGCGACACCGGCUCAACGCCGAGCCGCAGAGGAGGGGCGUAUUUGCACGGAGGAUGAACUCCGACAAGAACGCCUUCGUGUGCUGGGUGUGGGCGACGUGUAUCAAUGGCCCCACGAACCCUCUGAUGCUGCUGCCUCCGGGGAUGGAACCGUUGGAACUACGGCGAGCGACCUCCCGCAGCUGCCCGUCUCACAUCCAGGCUUUCCUGACACGGAGGGGGAGCCGCAUGGUCUGCAUGGCAGGGAUUCCUCACCGGAGGCUUUCACCCACUUACUUGUUGAAACCGACACUCCCGGCGAGUCGGGGGACACUGCUCGGAGCGACACCCUGCCGCCCCUUGUGUCGCCACUCUGGCACGCUCUUCUUCACCGCCGAGGCUAUUGGUGUUUGCCCAGAACCUGGCACCGUAUGUGGGGUCUGUGGUGGACUCUUCAAAGCUUGCACCCAUGGACGCAUGCUGCUAAGCGUGGGUUUCGGCUCCUACGCACAGCUCUCGAGUCUCGUGAGCCUGGGCCAUCUCGCGGCCCGCCGCCAGCGGUCACUACGCUUCUUGCAGCUACAGUAACAUUUCGGAUGAUUAGCGCCCAUGUACAGCGGGGGGCGGCCAUGUAUAUUCAUGGUACGCCUAGCUCCGUCGGGAUCGCGCUCUGGCGCCGACUGAUGCCAGGGGCUGUUACCAGGACAGUUGUUUCCAGCCGUGGCCCAGUGUUUUGCGCUUGCCAUCCCUCUUGUGUUGAUUUAGUGGUUCGACGUUUGAGUUCCUCUGGCAUGCCUGAGGCAUGGUCAGUUGACGAGCUCCGUCUCCGACCUUCGAUGGUUUUCCGCUCUUCGGCUUCGGCCCUUCUGUCCAGUGAGUUGUAG